UGGCAGACACGAGAGGAAGAGAACGCCUUUUCUCGCCGUCCGGAAGCCAUGGAGGCCCCAGUAGAAUCAGACACAGAGGAUGGAAGCGACGAAUCUGUGACAUCGCUGCCAGAUGACAGUGACGAUGAGGUCGACAUCAAUAUCCACUUCCACUGCGAACAUUGUAUCCGCAUGUACAGGUGUCACGAGAGGCCCAAACCUGGCUGGAGCUGUGAGGUGGAGCUUUGUCCGAACAGUUGUGGACAAAAAUUCCACCUUUGCAAGUUUGAGGAACAUCGCUUGAUGUGCAGCCACGAACGUGUGCCUUGUAUAAAUGCUGGCUAUGGAUGUCCCCUCUGGAUGCAGCGAAGGCUAAUAUCUGAACACCUGCCAGUGUGCCCAGCCUCGGUGGUUAUCUGUAAUGCAGAGUGGAACCGUUGGGCCCUGGGAGCUAAGGAGAGGGAGAAAGUGUCAAUGUCCAAAGGAUUAAUAGCUCUCUACAACACUAAUGACCUGGACAUGUCUCUAGCUCUACGUGAUCAGGAGCUGGUGAACGAGAUGCUGACAAUGCCAAAGAGACUACGCAACACCCUGUGCAACAGAAUCACCCGACGCUUCCCGGCUCUGCCCCUGACAGUAAGAGGGUCAAGGCACGAGACUAUCGAUGAACGUUCUGGGUCUAACAAGCUCUCGAGACAGUCAACAGAUGAGGAGGAAGACGGCCUCACACCAGGUUGGGGGCCAUUCACACCUAAAGAGAACGCGGGUCUGACCCUAAAGAAACUAUUGCCUGUCGGGCACCACCGUACUAUAGAGCAAGAUUGGGAUGGCAAAAAUGCAAAUUUCUGGUUCUAUAAGUUCUCACACAGACAAUCCCCACAUUCCUCCUCCUCCUACUACCCACCUCCACCAGUGCCCAUUUGCCCCCACCACCACCUGCCACCGUCCCUACCAACUACCACUUACCUAACCACCACACCCACACUUCAGCCCGAAAACACCACCCUGAUCUCGAAGCCGCUGCCGCUGCUGAUUAUAUACAGUUCUCCACAUGAUAUACACUUGUUCACAUAUACACUGAAAGCACUGUAUUUCAAUGCUCCAUCAGAGGUUUAUAUCUUUUACUCAUUGCUCGUUCUCAGAGUAGCAUUACAAAUGAUAAUUGCCAUAAAGUCCAAAAGGGCAAAUGAGGCCUGCAGCAAAAUAACACCGAUGACAUAUCAGCCUUUUGCUGGCGGCUACCCGGCACCAACAGGCCUGUGCAGCCUAGCGUGCACAGUCCAGACCAAAUCUCAAAUCCUAAGAGACCCACCAGCCCGACACUACAAAUGGCCCAAAGUGUGGAGGGAGAGGGUCUCCUAUAAGAAGCCUGGAGAGAUGGUGUGGAAACAGGAAUCUUGUGUCGAGAAGGUUAGAAAAAGAAAUCCACGUGGGCAGUUUGUGUACAUGAAGUAUGACGAGGCUGAGGCAGAGGAAGAGGAGGAGGAGGAAGGGUCCCUGGACAAAGUGAUCAUCGAUGAUCAGGGCCGACCAGUGGGCAGAGCCAGAUUCAAGACACCCCCUCCUGUCCCCCUGACGUCCAAGGCCCUCACCAUGGAGCUGCCACUGAAGCACUACUCGAGACACCAGAGUAAACCGAGGGCUAUGUUCACCUUCCAGUGCAUGCAGGAAGUCCGUCGGUGUGAGUACGGGAGCCACUACCAGAACUGCCACAGUGAGAUCCAGGAGGGACUGGACGGCUGGAUCCUGCACAGGUGUCCGCUACAUGUCCUGGGGUGUCCUUACGUCUACAACCGCCUCCACCCGGGCCGCAAGGAUGGAGAUGUCAUCUACUGCCGUGACCUCCGGGCUUUUGGGAUCCGGCCUGUGCUGGAGUACGAGCCAGCUCCUUGUGGAGGUCUCCCAAGAUCGCGGUCGCCGAGUGUGGAGAAGACGACCUCCGCCCUUGGCCAGUUGAGCCUCCUUCACUCUCACAAGGCCAUGAAGGCUAUCCCAGAGCACCAUCGGACCAAGAACUGUGAGAAGCAGUACUACGCCUCGAGCACAAACCUUACCUACUUACCUAUUGAGGUUCUACAGCUUAUUGCCAGUUAUUUGGAUGGAUUCAGAUUUAACAAGAAAGUAUUCGCAGUGUGCCAAGUACAUAGUUCACAGUCCAAGCCAUGCUGUGAGGUAUUUUUUUCACAGCGGAAAAGAUUCCUGUGCUUGAACCCAGUGGUGACGACAAUAUCUUGUAGUGUGGAAGUAUAUGUUGAUGAUGUUAAAAAGUUAGCAACAGAUUUUAUGGGUGUUUAUUUUGCAAAUCAUUUUGCAUUUAAGCCAUCAGUCCUUGCGCUGAUUAUUGGUUAUAGAAAUGUGAUUUUGAUGGGAGGUAAUGACAGUGUUUCAGUAGAAGUAGAUUUAUAUGACAUAAUAUCUGUGCUUUAG